AUGGCCGAGAUCUGGUCUCCUCCACAAAUGGAUGAUAAUCUGUCUGACGAUCAGUUUGCUGGAGGAAUAGACUUGGAUGCAUGUCUUUCUGAGGAUAACGACGAUCAAUACAACAACGCAAAAAUUUUUGUGGGUGGACUGAAUCCUAGUACAACCGAUGAACAACUUUACUCAUACUUCAGUCGAUUCGGUGAAGUUGUAUCCAGCAAAGUCAUGUUUAGUCGUGAUACAGGAAACUCGCGCAGAUUCGGGUUUGCUGUAUUCCAAAGCCCAUACGUAGCACAAAAAGUGUGUGAAAUGCAGACUCAUGAACUUUGCGGGUAUAAAGUUGAAACACGCCUUGCUGUGCCAAGCAAUCGGAUGAAGAAGGCUACAACUUCUUCUGAGACUUGUAGGGAGUCUUCCAGGCUAGCAAGACAAGUGUUUGUCGGAGGCCUCCCAACAGAUGUUACACCCCCCAUAUUUCGCGAGUGGGCAGAGCAAACCUUUCCUGGGAGGGUUGUCAAUGCUGUUCUCGUAGUCGACAGAUUGACUCACACGAAAUCACGUGGCUUUGGAUUUGUUACCUUUGAUGCUCGUGACAUGGUUGAAAGCGCAGCUUCAGUCAGGAUGCUUCCUUUUGCUGACAGAUUCGUGGAGGUGAAGAAGGCUGAAAAUAUGGCGCUCAAACAAAAAGGUUCAACCAAGUUUGAUUUGCCCAAAUCUCCAGUUGUUCGAAUCUCACCGAGUGGAAAUCGUAUUGAAACACCAAACGGUCGCCCCAAAACCCUGGGAGCGAUCCAGAACUCAGAUGGACAGGAGGUCGACUCAAAGUUGAAUUCAAUGUUCCAAGAGAUGGGUCUCGGAGAUCCUCAAUUAAAGUCCAAAUGGACAAAACCUGCAACCAAACCAGGAAAGAAGGAACAGACUUUGAGCGGAAUGAUGGAAAGCCAGUCUCCUGUUCCUCUUCCACAAGACAAUGUAAUGGAACAGACUAUGGAACCCAAGAUUCCGAUGGAUCAGCAAUCGACUAAGCCAAACCCCAUCGGAUCUUGGAACAUGAAUCAAAGGAGUCCCUUGCAGCACCUCAGCAACGACAACCAGCUUCAUUUAUCCCCGACUGCGACUGGGCAGCCCAACGUUUCGAACCUAUGGUCGAUGCAACCGACUCACCACCACCAUCAGCUGGCGUCGGAUAACGACCUCAUCUUCGAUGUCGUCAAGAUGGCUCUGCAAGGGAGCGAAGAAGACAGCUCGCUUGCCAGCACAUGGAGCUCUUCGUCACAAGGAAACAUCUGGGGCGCAUUUGAUCAAACAGUACUGCACGGCAUUUAA